AUGUCCUGGUUUGGAGACACUCUUCAACCAUGGCGCAGCAACAAUACACAAUCCAAUGAGAACAACAUGACAGAGCACACAAUCAAUCAGCCGGACCUAGAUGACUGGGAAACCCAAGUCCAAAGUGCCCUCCACAACAACCUUGCCUUUGAGAAGGAUCUCUUCCAACCAGGAAUGAGUGUCACGGACCUAAUGGAGUUGUACGCCAAGGCAGAACCAUUUGACAAUGUGGAACAGUGGACCAGAGGUUUUGCUUUCACAGCGACAACUUUUUGUCCUACUUUGUGGAAUAUUAUAGGAUUCGUGAGACUCAAUACCUAG